GCCACCAUUGAUCGGUAGGUAGGAGGGGGCGCGGCGCCGACCACGGACCCGGGUGAACAAAGUGGGAGGACAAAAGCGGUGUGACGCGCCGCAAGUGUUGUGGUCGGCGAGCGGCGACGAGUCACGAGGCCUGCCGGCACGACACGUUGCGCGUUGAGUCAGCGCCGGGGCGUGGCCUGGCUGCAGCGACGCCGUCCGUCGGCCGCUCGGCACUCGCUCGCCCGGCGCGGCUGGUUCUGGCCGCGUGGUGUCUGUGUGCCGCCCCGCUCACCCAACCGACGGCUGGCGCCGGCCACUGUACGCUAGGCCCACCGGUCGCCAUCAUGGAGCAAGUCAGCAACCACCAGAGCAAGGCGGCCUCGGACCUGUACCGGGUGCUGGCCGAGGCCAGCGCCGACAAUGUGUUCCUCUCACCCUUCAGCAUCAGCACGGCGUUGUCGAUGGUGUUCGGAGGAGCGGACGGCAACACCGCUCUCCAGAUGCAACAGGCUCUGGCGCUACCCAAGGACAGCGCAGAGCUACACAACGGCUACAGUGGGUUACUGAGGGCGCUGCAAGAUCCGCCGAAUAUCACACUGAACACGGCCAACAAGCUGUACGUGCAAAACGCGUACAAAAUCUUGGACACCUACUCUGGUUUGCUGCAGAAGCAGUAUUUAAGUGAGCUGAAGAGCGUCGACUUUGGUGACGCCGACGGUACAAGCAAGCUGAUAAACGGUGACGUGGAACAGCUUACGAAAGGGAAGAUCAAAGAUCUUAUCGAUCCGAGUGCGCUGAACUCGCUGGUUCGGCUCGUGUUGAUAAACGCCAUCUACUUCAAAGGGUCGUGGCAGGAGAAGUUCGACAAAGAAGCAACAAGCAAGCGAGACUUUUUCGUCAGCCCGAAAAACGCUGUCAAAACCGACCUGAUGUAUCUGGAUGAUAAGAAAUUCAACUGCGCAAGCCUCACAAACCUGGCGUGCAAGGCUCUGGAACUUCCUUAUGAAGGAAAGCGCUUCAGCAUGAUCGUACUCCUUCCAGACAAAAAAGACGGUCUGCGGCCCCUCGAAGAGAAACUAGCGACCAUGUCCAUGCAGUCCAUCCGCGGCGAGCUUCAGAACAGGAAGACUAUGAUCAUGAUACCGAAGUUCAAGCUUGAGGCUUCAUAUGAUCUCGUCGAUCAUCUAAGGAAACUUGGCAUGAACGAUCUUUUUGACGCCAACGCAGCUGACUUGUCCAAAAUUUCCGGUGCCAGGGACCUUUUUGUCUCCAAGGUGGUGCACAAGGCGUUCAUCGAGGUCAACGAAGAGGGGAGCGAGGCUGCCGCUGCGACGGGCAUGGUCAUGAUGAUGCGCUGCAUGCCCAGCCCUGUCGAGAAGUUCGAAUUUAUCGCCGACCAUCCAUUCUUCUUCGCCAUCGUGGACACCGAGAAUGGCCUGACUCUGUUCUCGGGUCGCUACGUCAAGCCCGAAUAGCCAGCAAAGGCCGGGUGCCGGUUCUUCCGUGCCGCGGGCUGGCACGCUCUGGGGGGCGUUUGGUAACCUCAGUUGCAUUUUCUUUGUCGGAGAUUUAUUGGGUUAGCUUAUGGUUUGCAUUUUCCCUCAUGUAGCGGCUGCUGUGUGUGCACUGUGCCUUAAAACCAUAUUGGCAGGAGGUCAAGGUUGUGCAAAUGUUCGAAAUGCUGUUCUGGUGCCUUUUGUGUGUCAUAGUGGCAUCCAUUUCUAGUGGCAUCCA